UGUAUUUAUUAGAUCAUGGAUGCAAUCGUAUGAAAGCACACAACACUUUGGAAAGUGAGAAUCAAAAAUGAAAGUCCUACGUUUUGUAUUAAAAGCAAAAUUCAUAUUUAUAGUUUUGAAUAUGUGCACAGUUAUGUUUGUGGAAUGUACAAAUAAGUCGAAAGAACCGAAGAAAAAAAACUGGCGAGACAAAGAUAUAAGAGACAUGACUGACACCGACUUGGAGCACAUUCUUGAUCAGUGGGAGGAAAAUGAGGAACCAUUGGAGCCAGACGAACUUCCGGAGCAUCUCAGACCGCCUCCGCAGAUAGACUUAAGUCGAAUUGAUGUAUCUAAUCCAGAUAACAUUCUAAAAGCAACCAAAAAGGGCAAAGGUGUGAUGAUGUUUGUCGAUGUUCGUCCUGAGGUUUCAAUCCAUGAAGCUGGUACAGUAAUGCAAAUUUGGCAGACUAGUUUGCACAAUAAUCAUAUCAUAGCUGAAAGGUAUCCCAUAGAGGACAGAAGAUCGAUUUUUAUGUUCCGAGAAGGAUCACAGGCUGUGGAUGCCAAAAUUUUUUUGUUAAGUCAACCAGAAUUACUUCAUCUUACGCUGGAGGGUCAGACAUUCAAAGCACCAAGUGCUGAGAAGAAGACUGAACUCUGAUAGUUAUAUUUAAAGUUUGUGACAUUUCCACUCUUUUCUUCCUCCACUUUUGUAAUAAAGAACAUUUUUAUUCUGAAGCUAAA